GGUAGAAAUUAUCAAAUAGAAGACAUUUGGCAACUAUAGAUAAUAUCGUAGCUACGACUCCCUGGUUGCUUUUACAGUAGCCUAUACAAACUGCGCUCUUUAAACAUUAAUCGCUACCAUACUCCUUACUUUCUAUCCGUCAACCUGCUUUUAAUCGAGCCUACAAGAACCAAAAACUUCAAAUCUGCCAAAUUACGAAAUAGCGAGAAAUCUUAAUACUGAAAGUUCACGCUUUCGAAUUGUCGAUAAAUUGAAAUUUUAGAGAAUUCCCAAAACGAAACUUCCCUGCUACUGCUUUCUAUCAUCGCUUUGCCAUAAAUGGGACUGUUUUAAUACUGUGAUAUUUCCCGUUUAUAAACCUGGGAGUCUUGAAUUAAUGGCUACUGUUAAGCUAGAUACAAUUGUGUUUAAAAAUCACAAUAAAGAUAAGCCUACUUAGAUGUUUAUUUUUUAGGAAAAUUAAAAUCUUAUUCCAGCUAGCAGCUAAGUUUGAUAAAGCUAUGACUUAGAUAAUAAGUAUAUUUGUUAAAAUCAUUAGUAUUUUUUAUACCCUCACCAAUAAUGACAUCAGCUAAAUAAGUCCUUGCAUGUUAUUGUUAACUGAAGCUACAUUCAUUCCCACGGCAAAAUUACAUCAUUUCAGAAUGGUAUUGAAGCAGAGCGAGCCUGUUUGCAGAGACUUAAACUUCAACUCCCUUGAUCAACUAGUAGAUUCUAACAACUUCUUCAAAACACCAAGCAACCACUGUUCUUUAUUUUUGAGGCUGCAUAUAUUGAGGAUUUCUAUAUGGAAAGGUGUGUGAAAAAAUAUAAACAGGGCUAUUUAAUGACCGUACAAUAAAUGAGAUAAUAAUAGUUCUAUCUAUGACCAUGACAACAAACCAAAACUCAGUCUUUGGGAUAGUUGGAGGGUCAUGGUAGCCAACCUUCUCAUAGAAGAUGGUACCUGAUGAUGAUGAUGAUAAAUAAGGCUUCUUUGUUUUUCGUGCAUCGAAUACAACAUGCCCAUUUCCAAGUUGCCUCCAUUUUUAGAAAAGUUUGCAGUGCAGAUGUUAAUUGUUUUAUGCUUUGAUGAUAGUCUAUUAAUAUUGCUAUGUUACUUUCAUUAGUUAAAAACGUUUUUGCAAGUAAUAUCUGUGAUAAUUUGACAGAUUGAACAAAGGGGAUUGUGCAGCUCAAUCACCUGCUUACAAGAACUGUACUAUAGAUUAAUUAUUACUUAUGAUUUAUAUCAUAGUUUAUCAAAUUUGAUAAAAUCAAAUGACAAAUGCCCUUUGAGCUUUCAUGAAAAAUACUUGCAAUUUUUAGAUAGAGAAUCGAUGCUAGUUUAAUCUUAUACCAAUGUCAAUAUUAUAUUUGUAAAAGAAAAGAUCAACUUCAAGACUUGUCUAGACAAGCAAAAUAGAAUACUUUGAUUAAAACGUUUAUUAGAGAUUAGAAAGUAUGUGAGGGCAGGUAUUGGAAACAAGUAUAUUUUUAUUAAAUAUGCUCUUAACAUAGAUCCAGAUUUUUGCGAAAUUCCUUUUAGCAGUUUAGGGUUUGGAAAUAAAAACUGCUUACUUGGUGCAAACAGUACUAAAGUAUCAUACUCCAAGUUAACUCUAAGGCCAGAUACAAACAUCAAAUCCCAAUCUUUGUGUUGUUUCAUGUUUAUGUGUAUUAUUCUUUGUGUUUAUAUGAAUUCUUGUUCAAUAUAUAAUGCUCGCUAAAUCUUUAGAUAAAUUUCCCUCGUAAACCGAUUAACUGACUGGAAAACGAAUUCAGGAUAAAAGUUUUUCUGCAAGAAAUAUAAUGUAAAGGUCAAUUAUCUAAAACAUGUCGAUAUAUGCUUAAAACAUGUUUUGGUUCUAAGCACAAACCAUAAUGCCGAUAUGUUUUAGAUAAUUGGCAGAGCCCCGUCGCCUUUUCAACUAGCAGGUACUUCUUCUUCGAGAUACUUCUGAGAUACAUCUUUCGAUAUUUUUCUCCAUUUUUUACAUAAGCAAACCUGAAACUAUGCAAUUGCAUCUUUGAAUCAGACCAAAUAAAAUUUGUUUUUCUACCAUCAGUAAUAAAUACAUAGCAGUGUAACUUGUCAAAGUUUUGUUAACGAUGGUUAACGAUGGUAAACGAUGGUAAUCGGUGGUUGACGAUGGUUAGUAAUAGUUAGCUCCAAGCAUUUAAUCAUUGUACUUUUUGAUAAUUAUGUGAUAAAAGUAAGAAGCUCAUUUUGUAUUUCAAAUCCAAUCCAAUAUUAGAUGCUAUAUUUUCUGCUGGUUUAUUGUUUGGACAGGCACGAAAUAUAGAAAAGAAAAUUUUUAGAAAACUUUACAGUGCUGAUUUUUGUUCCGCGAAAUAGGAAAUUUCCCAAAGACCAGAAGAAAGCUUACUGUUACCAAGUGAGUAGAAAUAAUUAUAUCCAAUUAAUCAAUGAAAAGAUAUAUUUUCUAUAACCAAACAUUGAAUUGAGUGUUUUUGUUUUAUUGCGCUAUAGUUGAUAAAACUUGGCAUUUUUAUCCUCUUGCAGACACUAGAAUUUCUCCUACGUUAAAUAGUAGAAAUUUGUUCUAAUUUCCUUAAGAUGAGUCUGCACGUGGGCAAGGAAUUUUAAAAACGAUGUUUCUUUUUCUCUGUGCUUAAAGCUUAGAAUAAAUUUCGGUUGCAUAUUUGUAAAAAAUCCAACAAUUUUCGAAUUCAAAAAAGGUUAAAGACGUUUUGUUUUUGUUAAGUCAACAAUUAUUACCAAAGCAUGAUUUCUAGAAGGAACCGCUCUUCGAAUAUAAACCUAGGUUCAGCAACACCUCUAAUUGUGAGCCUUGCAGACUCAAAUGGUUUAUCUGUGAUCUAUUUAGCUGCUCUCAAAUGGUCUAUUUAGCUGCUCUCAUGCCAGGUUACCUUGUGUUGUUCAUCAAAAACUCAAAAUUUGAUUUUUGAAGUACCAGAUGGAUUCAUUGCCAAGCAAUGUUAUACACCGUAAAUUCUCUUUUUAGCCCCCCUCUCAAUUAAGCCCCUCUUCUAUCAGCCCCCCAUUUUGAGAAGGAAAAAUUUAAUUCUUCAUCUCUCAAUUUAGCCCCCCCCCCCACUGAUGCUGAAAUAAGUAAACUUGACAAAAAAUUCAGAAGGCGAAAUGGCCCAAGAAGAUAUUUUAGAAUAAUUGAUGACGAUGACGAUGACAAUAUUAUUGAUAGAAGGCUGAUUUGAUGUUUUUUAUUUGGCAAAUAACAAAAAACUAGUUUUACCACUAUAUAUGGUUGUUUGUAACAAUAUAUUUAUCAAGCCCCUCUCUCAAUUAAGCCCCCCUUUUCUUAUAAGCCCCCUUUUAAAGUGCUGACAAACAAUAAGCCCCCCAGGGGGCUAAAAAGAGAAUUUACGGUAGAUACAGCUACAUUCAUCUGGAGGGGGAGGUAGCGGUCAUAUGGAGGGGAUGGCGGAGUCUACUUUUCCCUUCCUUUUCAUUUGAAUUGCCUCAGUCUCAUUUCGAGGUUAGCUUUAUUACCAAUUAAAAAUGUUUAGCCAAGUUUUCAUGUCUAAACUUUCGAAGAAAAUGAUUUAAAAAAGUUACAAAGCCCAUGACUCAUCUUUUCAUCUACGGAUAAGGUCAAAUAGAUUAACCUAGUGAUAUCUGAGCUGAAAAGCUGUUCUGUGUGCCAAUUCAUUCGCAAGAAACUUCACAUCGGAGGAUUUCCACUGUCUUUUUGAGGUUCCUCGAAUUUCAUUAAAGCUUUCUUAGCUAUUGUAAUUUUUAUUUGAUAAUAUUUAUAUACUCAAAACCUCCCGACAAAAUCACGAUUGAAUGAUAAUAUCUGAAAAUCUUCAAUGAUUGCCGAAAGUCCCCCUGUCUGUUUUAAUUUGAAUAUGGCUAUCUUAGAAAUAUGACAGCGAGCCUGGACAGAGGGGUGGAAACUGCGCUGAUUUGAUACACAGAUAGAAAGCAAUUUGAGUGACGUCAUCAUGCUGUAAAUAAAAAGUAUCAAAUUUGGAGCUGGAUCUGGUGAGGUGUUAAUACCUCGAGAUGUUAUAAGCGCCCAAAUUUGUCAAAAAAGUGAAUGCACGUACACCCGAAAAAUAAGCAUAUUUUCAACUUUCAAGGCACCACAACUUUUGUUUUUCUAAACUGAAAUUAUAAAGUAUAAUGGCUUAAUAGGGGUGCUGCAGAAGGGGGGCCCUUUGUCGGUUUCUCGGUCCUGGUUUUGGUGCGCCUGUAUUUUAAACAUUGUGUCUUUUAUAUUGUGAAGUUUUUUAUGCGAAGAAUAUCGGUCAAUACAAACUUUAGACCAACAACCCCCUCCCCCCUCCCUCCCCCCAUUGUUGUUUAUGAUACACAGGUGUCACAAGUAAUAGAGUUUUUCUGGGUAUGAUGACCUAACGCACAGUGUAAUCAACUCAGAUAUUGCAAUAUCCCCUUGAGGAGUUAUACAAUAGUCUAUUGUAUAUUGCAAAAUCGCAACAAUGAUACUGUAGAACCGUUGAUAUUAAACCAAUUACUGUUGGAACAAUAAAUUUAUAUGACCUCUAUCCCUUUUGAUUUGCAUGUCUUUGAAAAACUUUAUUAAUUUAGGUGCUUCUCAUUCGCUUAAUUUGGAAGCAGAUAGAUUCCUUUAUGGCACCUGCCCUUUUGUUUGGCAUUGCAGAUCAUGUUUUGUUUGUCGGUGUAUGUGCUAAAUAGCAUUUGUUUUGUUUUAUAUAUGUUAUUUGAUAAAUAUAACAAAUCAAGCAUCUUGAUUUUGGUCUCUAGGAAAGUCAUCGCUUGUGAUUGAACUGCUUGUCUUGUGGUAUGAUAAAGAGAGGGUAACCGAUUGAUGAAAAGAACAGAGGGAUAUAAUAAAGAUACGUUUUUCAGUCCGCAUUGAUACUACAAGCACAUUCGGACGAACAUAUGGAGGCCAAAGUAGGCCAGGCUGGUGAACAGGACUCAGAUAUUUGAGCAAAUGGUUUGAAGACUGAAAGUUCUUCUUGAUUCAUUGCGAUUUAUUGCUUGCAACUUUCAUGGUACUUGGAAGCUAUACAUUGCAAGGGUGCAUCCAGCCAUAAACAGGACACUGCUGUCUCGUCUUUGCAACCAUUUCGAUUGGCCUGUAGCUGCUAUACGCAAUCCGAUAAUCAGUACCACAGGUAAUGAACUUUCUAUAUUAUCCUUAGCCUUAUUACCAACCUUGUGGAAUCAAACUAGAUUUAAGACGUUUAGAUUUGCAUUGGAACAAUAUGGCGCUCAACUGCUCAAAUGUUCCUUUCGUGAACGGCUCAUGCUUCAAUUCUACAAGUCUGCCUCUUACAACUGCAGCAACCACAGCAGCAACUGCUCUUAAUGACAAGCAGAAGAUCAGGAUUGCGAUUUACGUUCUAAGUAUAAUCCUAAGUUGGAUCGGGAACUCCUUAGUCAUUCUGGUAUCCGUAUUGAAUCGCCAAUCUUUAUCGCCUUGUAGAAUCCUAAUGGCGCAUUUGGCCGUAACCAACCUACUGUUUUCAAUAAGGCUACCGUUUCAAAUCCGCCUUGAAGUGAAUGGCUACGUAUGGGAAUGGGGCCGUUUCUAUUGCAAGGUGAUGCACGGGUUCAAUUCUGCUUCUCUGCUUGCAUCGAUAGAAACUGUCACAGUGAUUGCUAUUGAAAGAUAUCGCGGCAUUUCAAAGCCAUACGCUUCUAAGUGGUCCAAUAAGAAUAUCAUCAUCAGCAUUUUGAUCGUAUGGGGAAUCGCCCUUUUAACGUACUCUCCAUACAUGUACUACUUGGAGAUACGCGGCAUCUACUGCAGCGAUAGUUACCCAUCUCUCGCCGUGCAACAAGCAUACUCGGUGAUAAUAUUCAUAUUUCGUUACGUCAUACCAUUGGGAAUAAUGUCCUAUUGCUACUUUAAAGUUGGACUGGUGAUCCACCGUCGGCCCACUCGUGUUUCAACGCACCAAAAUAAAGCGACAGAAGUCAACCGAAAGCGCGAAAAUAUGCGAAUCAUUCAAAUACUUGUCGUAAUUGUUGUCGCAUUUGCGAUAUUAACGGCACCAACAUCAAUCUGGUGGCUUUGGUACGAUUUCGGAGGAACAGACAGUGCCGUCGCACUUGAUCUUGUCGAGGUUUUUGCCGCUUUUCUGUAUCUGCACAGUGCAAUCAAUCCUGUUAUUUACGGGAUAAUGGAUAAAAAGUUCAAGCAAGGAGUUCGAGAACUUUUUCGUCCUGCUUCAAGAAUCCUGAGACAAAUGGAAGCGUUACGAAUCAGCAAAGGGUGGUGACAUUCGUGUCUAAAGUUUAAGUAGAACUUACUUGGAGAUCUUUACUGCCUUUAAAGGCAGUGUGUCGCGCUGUUCAUUUUGUUGAAUUUCGAGGGUUCUCGAAAUGAGAGAAGUGUGACAAAUUAGAACAACUCAUCGUUAGCAUCAUUAAGCGUCCUUUGUUACGAAAUGAAAACUCACUGAAAUAGAAAUUUUGUUCUUUGUUUCGAUAAACCAAUGAACGGCGCGACGUACUGCCUUUGAGUGCAACUUGGAUUAUUGUGAUAAUGUUACACAAAACUCCAAUACUUCGUCCAUGAUGAAUAUGCCCUACAAUUUUGGGGUGAUUAAAGCAGACACAAAGAGACGGGUUCCUAAAAUAGACUCAAGAAGGGUACCAUUUUUUCAUAAGUUAAUUUCUAUAUUGAGCUAGAGUUAAGUGUACAGAAAUCAGAUCUGUUACAAAAAUGGUCAACAGUUGGGCGAGGAGAACUGAUCCAGAGAAAAACAUGACAAAGUUUAGUCCAACAAGAUAGUGAAAGUUUCUUUCGCCUAUUUCCCCAUAUCGCCACAUCUUCUUAAAAAUAACUAGUCCAUGAAUUGGAAUGAAUGAGGCAGACAAAAGACAACAUAACGUCAGUACCAGAGCUAUUGCUUCCUUGUAUAUGUACCAAAUGGCAUUUAUUAUAUUUCUUCAAUGCAAUAAAUUCAAGGAUAAAAUGGGUAUAUAAGUACUUUCAGUUUAAAUGAGAUUAAAAGUGUUCAACUGACGCCAGUGAGGAGUUAGUGUUGAUCUUCAAACAUUAUGUAGCUGAAGCGGAUUUGUUCUUGCUACUUUGCGUAUUCUCAUAUGAAGAUGAUUAUGGCUGGAAGGCAAUCGCUGUCAGUAUCAGCCAAUCAAUAAGCACGUGAAUGGCGUCACGCUCGCUAAUUGGUCAAUUUUUGAUUGACAGAUUGCUGAAGCCCUUUUGUUAAGACGGGUUUCCACUUGCUUUGCUCUGGCCUCGCGAUUGAGCGAAUGCACUUAAACCAUACACUUUUAACAAAGUCGCACUAAUUUUAAUUGAAGCCAGCUUUCACACUGGCAUCUUAGAGCCUCUUCUAACUAGUUAUUUUGCUAGCUAAAUUGAAUAACUAAGUAGUCUACCCAAUAAGCGAUAAAUAAUAAUUUGUCUUCGUUUUGAACUUAAAUAGCUUUUGUGAAGCAUACCAGUGUAAUCCUUUACGCUCAUUAUUAGCUCAUUUUUCAUUAAAGCUUAACAAUUCCUAGUUUGCCCAUCGUCAUCUGCUUAACAUGUCAUUGUUUCAAUUAUUUCAUGCUAUGGACUCAAUGCUUUCUUUCAUGUAUUUUCUACCUUUUAACAUUCUUCAAAAAAUUGUAAUCUUGGGUCCGUUGACAUUCAUUUUUGCCAUCGCUAGAGAGAAACUGAAUUGAGGUUAACGAUAAAAAUUUAUUAUAUUUCUCUGUGCUGAUGACGUAGUUAUAAUUGUGAAUUGAAAUGUUUCUUUAGAAUUUUUCAUCAUAUAUUUCUGCACUCACCCCUACAUGUUCCACAAGGCAGAUUAAAGUUUCGAUUUAGGUAUUGUAUACUUGAACAAAUAAGCAUCUCUUCGAAUCAUAUUUUCAAUCUGGAGGCCCAACAUGAAAUUUGCUGUCAAGACGUAAUACAUUAUGAUUAUACAGUUUUAUGCCAUUAAGAGCUCAAGUAAGAGAUAUAACCUGU